AUGUUCAAAUACACUUGGAAAUCACUUAAUCGCCCCACCGCUGCUGCCUUGAUUCCCAGAGGCAGAUCAACUUCCAAUUCUACCAGCCUACUGGCCACAGUUUGGAAGCAAUUGUUUUCAUCUGGCCAUGCUGUCAAACGUCCAUCUACUGAAAUAUCCUCGCUGCUCGAACAGAGGAUACAUAGGAUCAAAGGACCGCCUAACCUUGCUGAGUCUGGCCAUGUCUUGUCUGUGUGUGAUGGAAUUGUUCGCGCGUGCGGUUUGACGAAUGUUCAAGCUGAAGAGCUUGUUGAAUUUGAAUCUGGAGUAAAGGGGAUGUGUAUGAACCUGGAGUCUAGUUAUGUUGGUAUUGUGCUUUUCGGUUCUGAUCGUCUUGUUAAACAGAGUGAGCCUGUCUGGCGAACUGGCAAAAUUGUAGAUGUUCCUGUUGGUCCUAAGAUGCUAGGACGCGUGGUUGAUGCACUAGGAAACCCUAUUGACGGAAAGGGACUCAUCGAGACCACCGAAAGGAGUCGUGCCCAAAUUAAGGCUCCUGGUGUUUUACCUCGCCGUUCCGUGAAUCAACCUGUCCAAACUGGUCUAAAGGCCAUCGAUGCCAUGGUGCCUAUUGGCAGAGGCCAACGUGAACUGAUCAUUGGUGACCGACAGACUGGAAAGACCGCUAUCGCCCUGGACACGAUUUUGAAUCAACAAAUAUGGAACAACCAGAAUGACGAAUCAAAGAAGUUAUACUGCGUUUAUGUGGCUGUUGGACAGAAGCGGUCCACAGUAGCUCAGUUAGUCAAGACCCUGGAAGAAAAUGAUGCUAUGAAAUAUUCCAUUGUUGUGGCUGCCACGGCGUCUGAAGCUGCUCCUUUACAAUAUCUCGCUCCUUUCGCUGGCUGUGCUAUGGCGGAGUGGUUCCGAGACAAUGGUCAGCACGCCAUUAUCAUCUAUGAUGAUCUGUCAAAGCAUGCAGUUGCCUAUCGUCAGAUGUCGCUAUUGCUUCGUCGUCCCCCUGGACGUGAAGCUUACCCUGGGGAUGUCUUUUAUCUCCAUUCUCGCCUCUUAGAACGUGCAGCAAAACUGAAUGACAAACACGGUGGCGGCUCACUCACUGCUCUUCCUAUUAUCGAGACACAAGGCGGGGAUGUGUCGGCGUACAUUCCCACGAACGUCAUUUCCAUUACGGAUGGUCAGAUAUACCUAGAAUCUGAACUCUUUAACAGAGGUAUACGUCCUGCGAUUAAUGUUGGACUCUCCGUUUCUCGGGUCGGCUCCGCAGCCCAGGUUAGAGCUAUGAAACAAGUCGCUGGCUCACUCAAGCUAUAUUUAGCACAGUACCGCGAGAUUGCUGCAUUUUCUCAGUUCGGAUCAGACCUUGAUGCUGCCACCAAGCAAACUCUCAGACGUGGUGAGCAUCUGACUGAGCUCUUGAAGCAAAAGCAGUACGCUCCAAUGGCUGUCAAUGAGAUAGUGCCCUUGUUAUAUGCGGGAAUCAAUGGUCUUAUCGACGGAAUACCAAUUAGCCAACUCCAACGCUGGGAGGAAAAUGUCCUCGCCUAUUUCAAAAACUAUGAGCCUGAGGUACUCGCCAAGAUCGAAAAGGAUGGCAAACUAAGCUAUGACUUAGAAGCUCAAAUCAAGGAUGUAAUUAUAGCGUUCAACAGAGCCUUCCCAUGA